UAUCUUAGGCUACUUUCGUUUUGCCGUGUUCAAACAGAACGGGCUUCUGUUUCCACAGAAAUCUGCAUUAGUUUCUCAGAAGACAGAUCGUGGAAAUGACUAACUUCUUCAUUGUGGUCCCUGUGUGCGUUUUUUCACUUGGUGUUUUUGUGGAUGAUGUAAACGGAGUGUCAGUGUCUGUGAUGAAGGGAGAUUCAGUCACUCUACACACUGAUGCUGAAACAAACCAACAUGAAAAGAUUAAAUGGUUUUUUAAUAACAUUCGCGUCGCUCAAAUCACUGGAGAUCUCCGAAAGAUCUGUACAGAUGUUCAGUGUAAUGCAGGUACUGAGAGAUUCAGAGACAGACUGAAGCUGGAUCAUCAGACUGGAUCUCUGACCAUCAUGAACAUCACAAUCACAGACUCUGGAGAUUAUCAACUACAGAUCAUCAGCCACAGCAGCAAAAGUGAAAAGACCUUCAGUGUUGUCAUUCAUGGUGUUCCUGCUGCCGAACGAGAUGAAAUGCAGAGAAAGCCAUUGAAGGAGGGAGAAUCUGUCACUUUCGAUCCUGGUGACAUAAAAAACACAGAUGAUGUGAUAACAUGGUAUUUUAAUGACAUUGCCAUAGCUGAAAUCACUAGAGAUCCCAAUGGAACCUGUACAGAUGUUCAGUGUAAUGAAGGUACUGAGAGAUUCAGAGAGAGACUGGAGCUGGAUCGUCAGUCUAGAUCUCUGACCAUCACAAACAUCACAAUCACAGACUCUGGAGUUUAUAAACUUAAGAUCAGCAGCAGAAGCUUUAUCAUCCACCGGCACCGCAGCAUCAGUAUCAUCAGCCAGAAUAACUUCAGUGUUACUGAUCGGAGUGUGCUUUUAUUUGUCAUCAUAGGAAUAUGUGUUCCUGUUCUGCUGGUGCUUGCAGGUUUAAUUGAUAUUUAAGACAAUUUAAGAUUUCAUGCCCACUGGAUCAUCUUGUAAAGAGCAAGCACUGAAAACCCCUGAAGCCUUGUGACGUUUACCUGGAUUUAGCUAACCCUGGAAUGUAGGUUCACGGGGUAAGUUGAAAUGGUUACUAAUGCACCUUGAAACUAACCUGGUUUUUGGAACCAAAAUUUGAGGUUAACCGUUUGCUCUGAGUUUGUGUUCCCUGCUUCCACCAGCUAGACCAGCACCAAACCAGUUUGAGGCAGCAGGCAUUCAUGUUGCUGUAAAAUGGUCUUUGCAUCAUUUAUUUAUUUUUUGUAUAAAAUUUAAGCCUGGGUGAAUCAAAGUUCACAUUUGUAAUUUAUAAGGGGGUAGCAAUACUCAAUUAUUAAAUAUUCCUGUGCUUUGUACAGUCACAAAAACUUCCACACACUGUAUUUCAUUUCAGUUUAAGGGAAAAAUCUAAAUAGUGGUGGAAAAUUAAUUAAAAAGACAAACAGUCAGGACUAUAUAAGCACAUUUGUUGUACAAGAAUGAGACGAGCCAAAAUUGAAAAAGGUUGCAUGCUGUGUUUGUCAAAUAAGUGAUGUUUACACUGCAGUGAUGCAAAUAAGAAAGUUAAUGUGGGUUUAUGAAUUUCAAAACCUGAUAACCAAGUAUUAUCUCCUAAC